GACCCUUCUUUUAUUUUUCUCUCUCUGUCACUUUCUCUCUCCUCUCUCAUCACUCACACACUCACACUCUCUCUCUCUCUCUCUCUAAGCAUUGGUUCAAAGCCAAAAAUCCUGACUUGGGUCUCAAUCGAAAGUGAUAGGCCACAAAAGAGAGCCUUUAGUUUCAACACCACACUUCAUUCUCAGCUUUCAUGGCGAUCUCGGAGAACGUGCCACCGUUGCAGCAGGUUAACUACAAUUGGGUUUGCUUUCUGCUUUGAAAUUUGCCAAAAAAAGGAGUGGGAAAAAAAAAAAACAAAUUUUUGCUUCUUGUUGGAAGUGUGGAGGGCUGUUUUGUUUCUGGGGUGCUUGUGAGUUUGUUGGGAUGUUGUGGUGUUUGGAUUUGGGUUUUGUUUGAUUUUCUUAAGGUUGCUGUGUUUCUGGGUGUGGACUAUGGAGUGAGUGCAUUGGCAUCAUGGUGGAGGAGGAUGUUGGGGAAUGCUUAUGCAAUGGCUUGAAGCAAAUUGAGGGUAGUGGCUUUGAGCUAGGGUUUUAUGUGUUUAUGUGAUUGGUUGAUAUAUAUGCUAGUGUGUCUUUGUGUAAAGGAGAAAAACAAAAGAAGGUAAAGCUUGAUGAUAUGAAGCUCUCAACAUCAGGGUUGGGGCAGCAGGGACAUGAAGGAGGGGAGAAGAAGUGUCUGAAUUCUGAGCUAUGGCAUGCAUGCGCGGGGCCCUUAGUGUCCCUACCAACUGCUGGGACUCGUGUGGUUUACUUCCCUCAGGGUCAUAGUGAGCAGGUUGCUGCCACAACUAAUAGAGAAAUUGAUGGACACAUUCCCAAUUAUCCUAGCCUGCCACCCCAGUUGAUUUGCCAACUUCAUAAUGUCACAAUGCAUGCAGAUAUUGAAACAGAUGAAGUAUAUGCUCAAAUGACAUUGCAGCCGUUGACCCCGCAAGAGCAGAAGGAUACAUUUCUUCCUAUGGAAUUGGGGAUUCCAAGUAAGCAGCCAUCAAACUAUUUUUGCAAGACAUUAACAGCCAGUGACACCAGCACACAUGGGGGAUUCUCUGUUCCUCGUCGUGCAGCUGAGAAAGUUUUCCCUCCGCUGGAUUUCUCACAGCAACCACCGGCACAGGAGCUUAUUGCUAGGGAUCUCCAUGAUGUUGAGUGGAAAUUUCGACAUAUUUUUCGGGGACAGCCAAAACGGCAUCUUCUUACUACAGGCUGGAGUAUAUUUGUUAGUGCCAAGAGACUUGUUGCUGGAGAUUCUGUGCUUUUCAUAUGGAAUGAGAAGAAUCAGCUUCUUCUAGGAAUACGUCGUGCCAAUCGACCACAAACUGUAAUGCCAUCAUCAGUUCUAUCCAGUGAUAGCAUGCACAUUGGACUUCUUGCAGCCGCUGCCCAUGCUGCAGCAACUAAUAGCUGUUUUACUGUGUUCUACAAUCCAAGGGCUAGUCCAUCUGAGUUUGUCAUACCACUCUCGAAAUAUAUCAAAGCUGUGUACCAUACACGUAUUUCUGUUGGUAUGCGUUUCAGGAUGCUUUUUGAAACUGAAGAGUCAAGUGUCCGCAGGUAUAUGGGUACAAUAACUGGCAUAAGUGAUUUGGAUUCUGUUCGAUGGCCGAAUUCUCAUUGGCGUUCUGUCAAGGUUGGUUGGGAUGAAUCAACAGCUGGAGAGAGACAACCCCGAGUGUCUCUAUGGGAAAUUGAGCCAUUAACAACAUUCCCGAUGUAUCCAUCAUUAUUUCCCCUCAGACUGAAACGUCCAUGGCAUCCUGGCACCUCAUCUUUGCAUGAUGGUAGAGAUGAAGCAGCUAAUGGACUAAUGUGGCUGAGAGGUGGACAUGUAGACCAAGGUCUCAACUCUCUGAAUUUUCAAGGAGCUGGUAUGUUGCCCUGGAUGCAGCAGAGACUGGAUCCAUCUUUACUUGGAAACGAUCAGAAUCAACAGUACCAAGCUAUGUUGGCAGCUGGCUUGCAGAACCUAGGUAGUGGAUAUCUCAUGAAGCAACAAAUGAUGAACUUUCAACAGCCUUUCCACUACCUUCAACAAUCAGGAAACAACAAUGCUUCUCCUUUGCAACUUCAGCAGCAACAAACAAUUCAACAAUCGGCGUCUUCCAACUUGCUGCAGCCACAAGCCAAUAUGAUGACUGAGAACCUUUCUCAGCACCUCCUUCAGAAACCACACAACAAUCAAGAAGUCCAAGUGCAACAGCAGCAACAUACUUUUCAAGACACGCUUUUAAUUCCAGGUGAUCAGCUCCAUCAGAGACAACACUCUGGUGUUCCUUCACCAUCGUAUUCGAAACCGGAUUUCUUGGAUGCGAGCAUGAAGUUCCCGGCUUCGGUUUCCCCAGGACAAAACAUGCUUAGUUCACUUUGUCCUGAAGGAAGUGGCAGUCUCUUGAACUUAUCAAGGAGCGGACAGUCCUUGCUGACCGAACAAUUACCCCAACAACAGUGGACCCAAAAGUAUGCACCUGGUCAGGUCAAUGCUUAUGGAAGCACUAUGUCACAUGCACAAUAUUCUGGAAAAGAUUCUGCAAUGGUGCUACCACAUUGUAAUUCAGAUGCCCAAAAUCCUACACUCUUUGGCGUCAAUAUUGAUUCAUCUGGCCUUCUCCUUCCCACCACGGUCCCUGGUUACACCACCUCGUCUGCUGACACUAAUUCAUCAACAAUGCCAUUAGGGGAGUCUGGCUUUCAGGGCUCUCUAUAUGGAUGCAUGCAAGAUACAUCUGAGUUGUUGCAAAGUGUAGGGCACGUUGACCCACAAAACCAGUCUCAAACCUUUGUCAAGGUUUACAAAUCAGGGUCAGUUGGGCGCUCACUUAACAUAUCCCGGUUCAGCAGCUAUCAUGAACUUCGCGAGGAGUUGGGUCAGAUGUUUGGAAUUGAGGGGAAGUUAGAAGACCCUCUUAGAUCAGGCUGGCAGCUUGUGUUCGUUGACAGGGAGAAUGAUGUUCUUCUCCUUGGAGACGAUCCGUGGGAAUCAUUUGUCAAUAAUGUUUGGUAUAUCAAAAUACUUUCACCUGAAGACAUUCAGAAAAUGGGGGAACAAGCAGUAGAAUCCCUUGCACUAAGUUCAGGACAAAGGCUAAAUGGUGCUGAAUCUCAGGACAUUGUUUCUGGACCACCAUCUAUUGGCUCACUUGAGUACUGAGAUUAUUGAAACAUGUAUUUCUACACGUUUAUUACUAAGGUUGGAACAUGUUGUGUAUGAUCAGUUACCCCUUUUCGCCAUCUUUAUUAUUUCUAUCAGCAUUGAAGAAAGUAUACAUUUAAUCAUUUAUGAUAUAAAAAAAAAGAAACUUAGGACAUGCUUCUGUGCCAAUUUGAACUUGGGGCACUGCAGGCUAGAGUUAGUGUUACAGCUAUUUUAGAGUAUGUGAUUAAACUUUUGCAUGAACUAAUGUACUCUAAAUAGGAAACUAGAGGAGGCUGUUUAUGCUUGAGCUGUCUUUGUAUUCUACAAUGCAAUUACUUCUUUUUUCCCAGCUAAGUGGUCGAACUUUUAAUUCAA